CAUUGAGGUUUCACAGUCGGCUGCCGGCUAUCGGGCCAUGGCGUCCUCCUCCUCCGCCAUCCGCUCAUGGCGGACGGCCUUCCUCACCCUCCGCGACGAGACCCUGGCCUCUCCUCCCCCCCAAGUCCUACUCGCUCUCCUCCAAGAUCUCAUGCUCUCCCACUCUUUCGAUGUCCUGGUCUCUGCCGCCCCCGAUCUGCCCCCACACGAGGUGAAUUCGGAUUUGGUCCUUCUUGCCGAGCUGGCGUCAGAUUCCUCGGUGCGCCGAGAUUCGUAUGAUGUUUUACUCUGGACGUGUCACUUGCUAAUGCAGAUUCAUGAAGUUAGUUGCAAACUUUUCCUUGAUAUCAGCAAUUCUUCUUGGACUAUUAUAUUGAGAAUUCUUCAAAAGGUUCUGGAGCACUCUUUUGGAGAUUCUGAUAAUAAGAGCUCAGAGAGUUCUAAUAAAACAAGAGUCAUGGCUGAGGUUUUAGAUAUUCUCAGGCUUUCCAUGAAGGCAUACAGAAGGCAUAAUUCACAUUUGGAGAUUAUGGAGUCUGCCAGGCUUCUUGUUUGUACUGUUUCAUACUUACAUGCUGAAUUACUUAACCUACAUUAUCCACAUGGAAUCCGUGGUCCUUCCAAUGAUUCUCUAAGUAGAAAUCCUAUAUGUAACAACCUGUGGGAUGCACAAAGUCUUGCACUUUCCAUAAUGGGUGAUUCUCUCACUGGAAUUGUAUCUUCUAUCCCAAUAGACUUGUGGCAAUCAACUAUCGAGGUAUUGAGGAAAGUGAUGGACUACUUGACAUCAAAGAAUUUGCUACUGGAAAACUCUGUCAUGUCAAGGCUUUUAACCAAUCUUCUAAAUGUUCUCCACAUUGUUCUUUUGGAGCCAAAAGACUCUCUUUCAGGACAUGUCCCAGGUCUAGUGGCAGCACUGCAAUUGUUUCUUUCAUAUGGCCUCGCUAGUGGAACUCCUUUACCAUUUCUGAUAAAUGAUUUGAAGGGAAAGUCGCUCACUUCUAAUGGCCUAGAAUCAGGGUUGGGGAAAUCCAGAAAAAGUGAUGCUGGUCCUUAUAGGCCUCCACACUUGCGCAAGAAAGAUGGAUUCAGUAAUAACCCAGCAGACACUCAAUGUUCAGAUUAUUUAUCACCAAAUUUUGGUUUCACAUCGUCAGACUCGGAUCAUAGUGACAAUGAUGGUUCGGCUAAGCAUGUGGAUCGAUAUCGAAGCUCCAAAGUUAGAUUGGCUGCACUUGUUUGUAUUCAGGAUCUUUGUCAUGCUGAUCCAAAGUCACUUUCAUCUCUUUGGACCUUGCUUUUACCUGAAAAUGACGUGCUACAGCCAAGGAAAUAUGAGGCAAAUCUCAUGGCAUCUUUGCUCUUUGAUCCCAUUAUUAAGGUACGGAUGGAAUCAGCUUCUACUUUGGCUAGCAUGUUGGACGGGCAUUCCUUGACUUUAUCACAAGUUGCUGAAUAUAAUGAAUCUUCAAAAUGUGGAUCUUUUACAACGCUGUCAAGCUCACUUGGCCAAAAGCUAAAGCAGUUCCAUACAGGUCUAUUGUAUCUUCUGCAGCAUGAAACUCACAAUGGGCUGCUGGCUUCAUCGCUUAAAGUCAUCUUGCUUUUGAUAUCUGCAACCCCAUACGAACGCAUGCCCAGUAAUUUGCUGCCAACUUUAAUUGGAUCUCUACACUCAAGAGUGAAGGAAAUCCCUUUGUCUAAGAGUUCAAACAUGGAUCUUCUGGUCAAUGGUCUUGCUUGCUUGGCAGUGUGUUUUUCCAGAUCACCUUCCUCAUUCCAUGUCUUAAAAUUUCUUGAGGAAGAUAUCUCACAAGGUUUUUCCAGUAACCAACCAGAGUCAUCCAUGUUUUGCUUUUUAUUCCACUUAUCAGAGAGCAAAAAUCAUCCAAGCAUUAUUUAUGAGGCUCUUCAGAUUUUGAGAGCAGCAUCACACAACUAUCCAAGAAUAGCAACUAGAAUAUGGGGACACAUUUCUGUUUCUGUUAGUGAACUAUUGCUGGUAGGUCGUUGGGAUUCUGACUCUGAAAUUUGUACCAAUUCUUGCAAGGAAGAAUUUAGCAAAACUGUCAGUGCAACAACCGAAAAAUGUCUAAUGGCUGCAAUUAAGGUCCUUGAUGAGUGCCUUCGGGCUGUUUCUGAGUUCAAAGGCGUAGAUGAUUUUCAAGAUCUUAGACUGCUUGAUAUCCAACGCAUCUCCAGUUCCACCAGAACCAAGAAGAUUUCAUCUGCACCUUCUUUUGAACUUGAUGACCUAGAUACCUCCAACGGCGUCAGUACCUCUCAUGGGAUUGACCAGUGGAACGAAGUGAUUUCUAAUCACUUACCCAAGUCUCUGCCACAUGCCUCUCCGAUGGUGAGGGCAGCAUCGCUUACAUGCUUUGCGGGGAUGACAUCCAGUGUUUUCACCUCCCUCACAAAGGGAAAGCAAGAAUUUGUUAUUUCUUCAGCUGUUACAGCAGCACUGAGUGAUGCAGUUCCAUCUGUCAGAUUAGCUGCAUGUCGAGCUAUUGGUGUUCUAACAUGUUUCUCAUGCAUAGUUUCUCGAUCAAAGGUGAUUAAUGAAUUUAUUCGUGCAGCUGAUUAUAACUCACACGAUCCUCAAUCAUCGGUUCGGAUUACAGCCUCAUGGGCUCUGGCAAAUAUAUGUGAUGCACUUCGCCACAGAGAAACUGAAUUGAUCUCAGUUAUCUGUGAAGAUGAAACAACACAUCGUGAUUCUAUCUCUCUACUAGUUGAAAGUGCUUUACGGUUAACGAAGGACAGCGAUAAGAUAAAAUCAAAUGCUGUGAGGGCUCUUGGGAACCUAUCAAGAUUCAUCAGUUUGCCUUCCUACUCAGCAGCUGAAAAGUUAAAGAGCAGUUUUUCUACGCUAAAUUUUAAUGGAAAUCAUUUCUGGCUUGAGAAAAUGGUGCAAGCAUUUGUUUCUUGUGUGACUACUGGGAACGUGAAGGUUCAAUGGAAUGUUUGUCAUGCUUUGAGCAACUUAUUCAUGAAUGAGACCAUAAAAUUGCACCAAAUGUCUUGGGCCCCUACCGUUUACAGUAUUCUUCUAUUGCUCCUCCGUGACUCUACCAACUUUAAGAUUAGGAUUCAUGCAGCUGUUGCUUUAGCUGUUCCAACCUCAAGGCUUGCUUAUGGGAGCUCAUUUUCGGAUGUUGUUCAAAGUAUAGAGCAUGUACGUGAAUCACUUGUUUUAGAUACUUCCUCCACACCGUCAAAUUUCAAAUACAAAGACAACCUUACAAAGCAGAUGACUUUGACAACUUUGCACGUGCUGGGCUUUGUUUCACCCAGUGAUGAUCAGGCAUUGCGAGAUUUCCUCUUUAAGAAAGCUCCUCUUCUAGAGGAGUGGUUCAAAGGACUGACUUCAACUUCAGCAACUUGUGGUCAGCCAUCAUCAAAGGGGCCUUCUUCUACUCACAACGAGGAAGAUUCAUUUCUCUCUUCUGUAACAAACAGAACUAUUUUAUUGGCUGGCUUAGAGUCCUUGAUCAAUGUCUACAGAAGCAGCAAUCACCAUAUUGUUUCCCAGAGAUUUGAGAAAUUGUUGAACAGCCUAUCAUAAUCUCAAUCGUUUGAGCAGGUAUCUCAUAUUUAUGUGCGUCUGGAAAUUGCAUUCUAUCAGGGGAAAACUUUGGCCGGCUUAUAACAUGACUGCAGCUUGCUCAUAUUCUUCCCCUAUUACAUGAUUGGUUUCCAGUUCAGGUAUAUGAGAUUCUGAGAGCCAAGCCAUGGCUUUCAACCAAGUUGUAGCUCACGCAGCAUGUAGAUUUUUCUAUUUUUAUUAUUAUUAUUUUUUUUUGUAAAAUUCAGUUUGUAUAAUUUGCCGUGUGAAAUUGUAUUUAUACAAGUUUCCUAAUUCGGUGAAAUCGAGUCACUGUUGCAUCUGUAGAUUUCUGUGCCUUCUUGAGUAUUACGUAUCUUCUUUUA